AUUCUCAAACAGGUCCAAAAAAAUAUUAGAGAAUUAGAAAGCCCCCAAUUUUGGCGGCCGGCGGCGGUCUACUUAAACCGCCGUUGUGCUUCCGGCUUCUCAAUCCUAAUCGGGUUUCUACUGGUCUCUGGUUUUCUCUCUAACCGCAUCGCCAUUUUUUAAUUCUUCCAUUGCUAAGAAAAAGGGAAGCAAACGCAAGGUAAAGGAAGAUGAGGAGAAGGACGAUCGCUAUAUGGGGAGUCGCGAUUCUGUGCUUCGUGGUGCUCAUGAUUGCCACUCCAACCAUCUCUCAGUCUCAAGAGUACCACGACUUCGCUGAUCAGCGCAAUUUCUUUGGGAUACCCAAUGCCUUGAAUGUGAUUUCAAAUUUCCCCUUCUUAGUCAUUGGAUUGAUUGGGCUUGUACUCUGUUAUUAUAGGAACUAUUUCAAACUGAGUUUGCAAGGAGAGCAUUGGGGCUGGACAUGUUUUUACAUAGGUGUGGCAGCUGUUGCUUUUGGAUCAGCUUACUAUCAUCUCGACCCCAAUGAUGAUCGCCUGGUGUGGGACCGUCUUCCAAUGACUGUUGCAUUCACUUCCAUCAUUGCUAUCUUUAUAAUUGAGAGGGUGGAUGAGAGAAAGGGAACAGUAUCUAUUAUUCCAUUGAUUUUGGCUGGUGUGAUUAGUAUAUUGUAUUGGAGAUUUUUUGACGAUCUUCGUCCUUAUGCGGUUAUUCAGUUUGUUCCCUGUAUAGCUAUUCCUUUAAUGGCUAUAUUGAUGCCUCCAAUGUAUACACACUCGGUAUAUUGGUUAUGGGCAGCUGCAUUUUAUCUCAUAGCUAAAAUCGAGGAAGCAGCGGAUAAACCAAUUUAUAGGUGGACUCAUCAUGUUGUUAGUGGGCAUACACUCAAGCAUUUAUGUGCUGCAAUGGUUCCUGUCUUCUUGACUCUUAUGCUUGCAAAGAGGGAAAUUCAAACAGAGAGGAAAAGUUUGCUGCAUAUAUGGAGAACCAAUAGGGCUAAAGUUAAAGGCAAUGGCGCUGAAUUGGAGAGUUCUGAAUGCACCUAUACAAACAUUCCUGUUGAGGACUGACUUUCUCUUACUUGCUCAGCGACAAUCACUUGCAACAUUUUCAGAAAUUAUUACACUGGUGGGCCAACCUCAAUAUCAUCCGUGUUGUGUAUAACUUCAGCAUGGUCAGUUUAAUAUACCUCACAUACGUUGUAGAGACAGAGCACAUCGUAUAUACUAUAUAGUGUGGUUUUGGUAUGUAUUGAAGCCCAUAUAUCACCUUCAUUGGGUGCUAUGUUUUGAGGGAGUUUGUACAUAUUACAGCAACUUUAGCCGGUUUGAAGUUGUGGGUUUCAUGCAUUUGUACCUAUUGAUGUGAAAAAUAAGUUUUGUUAUCGUUCUAUAAACUUCAAUUGUUCCG